AAUGAGAACCGUUCUGGAAGGAGAAAACAAUUGAGGCUUACAUAGAGCCAUCUGGCAAUUUCACUGCGAAUGUUUUUUGCAGACCGUGGCUGGAGCAUAUAAAAGGUCAGCGGGGAUGUGUUUGCCAAGACUUCUCAGAAACUCAAUAUGCAACGCGUUGUAAGUUUGUUGGUACUAGCUGUAGCCCUUGUGGCAGCACAAGACAAGAAGCAGCAGGGAAAUACCAGAUUCGGUCCAGGUGGUCUGGCCGUGCCUGUUGGAGUACCAGGUGGUCAUUUAGGUGGUGGAUUGCAAGGUGGCCAUAUCGGUGGAUUACAAGGAGGAUUCCCAGGUGGCGCUGUUGGCGGAUUCCCAGGUGGCGCUGUUGGCGGAUUCCCAGGUGGCGCUGUUGGCGGAUUCCCAGGUGGCGCUGUCGGCGGUUUCCCAGGUGGUGUUGGUGGUGGAUUUCCUACUGGUGGUUUGGCCGGGUGUCCCCCUGUCCCCCCACCAAGACCCGUGUGCAAAUUCUACGAUCGCAACCACUGUGGACAUUACAUUUGCUCCGUUGACCAAAAGCCAUUCGAGUGCCCUCCAGUCAGACCCGAAUGCCCAGGUAUAAGAUUUGGCCCCACCUUGUGCUACACCGACGACGACUGCUCCGGGCACGAUAAGUGCUGCCCCGACGCCUGCCUGGAUCACCUGACCUGCAAAGGACACUCCUCCGGUGUCCUCUUCUAAGGGAGUGGUUUUUUGAAGGAGUUGCCUCUUGCUUGCCAUUAGCUUUUGGCACUUCGUAGUUUUUUUUUUAUUUCAUUUAUUUUCUUAAAGCUUUUCAAUCCUCCGUUUUGGACGUUGUCCCGAAUGGGUGCUGUCUCCGUUGAAAUCUAUUUGUUAAGUUUUGUAAUAAAAAUGUAAAUUAUU